AAUUCUUUGGAAUUUUCUAGAAGUCUGCUGAAGUCAUAUAUUAGUUUUUAAACAAUUUUUAAUUGCCGUGAAACAAAAGUUCGGCGAAAAUGGACAAGGUUGCUGUAUUGAAAGAUAAGGGAAAUGCCGCUCUAGCUGCAAACAAGAUCGUAGAUGCCAUUAAUCAUUACUCAGAGGCCAUAAAUUUAGAUCCUAGUAAUGCAGUUUUAUAUUCCAAUAGGUCAGCUGCCUAUGCCAAAAGUAAUCAGUAUGAUCUAGCUUUACAAGAUGCCGAAAAAGCAGUGGAAAUUAAACCAGAUUGGUCCAAAGCAUAUUCUAGAAAAGGAACAGCAUUGGCAUAUCUAGGAAGAACUGAUGAUGCUAUAGCUACUUAUGAAAAGGGUCUAGAAAUAGACCCAACUAAUUCCCAGGUACAAGAAGGCUUAAAAGAGGUGAAGGCACAAAAAGAAAAGUCUUCAAAAUCGUUCCCCAACCCCUUCUCCGGUGCCGAUGUCAUUCCAAAACUGAGAGCAGAUCCAAGAACACGGGCUUAUCUCGAUGAUCCUGAUUACCUAGCUCUCCUCGCACAGCUCCAAAUGAACCCCCAGUCGCUGGGUAGCAAACUCCAAGACCCCAGAGUUCUCACAACACUGAGUGUUCUGAUAGGUAUCGACGCUGGUGCCGACGAGCCUAUGGACACGGAACCUGUGUACACACCUCCUCCUAAGAAAGAGCAACCAAAACCGGAACCGAAAAAAGAACCUGAACCAGAGCUCCCUGAAAAUAAAAGAUUAGCCAAAGGCGAAAAGGAUCAAGGCAAUGCUGCUUAUAAAAAGAAAGAUUUUGCUAAUGCCAUUGUUCACUAUUCCAAAGCAAUUGAACACGAUCCAACAGACAUCACUUUUUAUAAUAACCUAGCAGCAGUUUACUUUGAACAGAAGGAGUACGAGGCAUGCAUUAAGGAAUGUGAAAAGGGAAUAGAAAUAGGGAGAGAGAAUAGAGCAGACUUUAAGCUGAUAGCAAAAUCUUUUAUGAGGAUCGGGAAUGCGUAUAGAAAAUUAAGAGACUUCAAGAAUGCCAAGAUGUUUUAUGAAAAGUCCAUGUCCGAACAUAGGACUCCUGAGAUUAAAACUUUGCUCUCGGAAGUAGAGAAAUUGCUCAGAGAGGAGGAACAGAAGUCAUACAUUAACCCAGAAUUAGCUGAAAAAGAGAAGGAAUUAGGUAAUGAAUAUUUCAAGAAAGGCGACUACGCCACAGCCGUGAAGCACUACUCGGAAGCUAUCAGACGCAAUCCAGAGGACGCCAAGAUCUACAGCAAUCGUGCUGCUUGCUACACCAAAUUGGCCGCUUUUGACUUGGGACUGAAAGACUGUGACAAGUGCACGGAAUUGGAUCCGAAGUUCAUCAAAGGUUGGAUCAGGAAGGGGCAUAUUCUACAAGGGAUGCAGCAGUCCAGUAAAGCAAUUACUGCGUUUCAAAAAGCCUUGGAGGUCGACCCGAAUAAUGCAGAAGCUCUGGCUGGUUACAGGGCUUGCACCAUCGAAAACUCCAAUUUGGACGGCGACCCGGAAAAGAUCCGGCAGCGCGCCAUGGCCGAUCCGGAAGUCCAGGCGAUCCUUCGAGAUCCUGCGAUGAGAAUGAUCCUGGAGCAGAUGCAGAACGAUCCCAGGGCAUUACAGGACCACCUCAAGAAUCCAGAUAUAGCGGCGAAGAUACAAAAAUUGCUGGAAUCUGGGCUCAUUGCCAUUCGCUAAUUCAAGUAUAUUUUGUUAGCUUUUUCGGUCGCCGGGAUUUUCAUUGAAAUUAAGUGCAAGAAAAAUAUAGUGGCAUUCAUGAUUUCAUGACUGGUGUGGUAAUUAUUCUUGCUGAUCUUAUUAUUUUGGUGCAUCUCUUAGAAUACAAGCCUCCGUCAAACGUUAUAUUUUAGAGAUAUAAAAAAAAUGUUCGUCCCAGAAGUGGUUUGCGAAGACUUGGAUUAUCAUUUAUUAAUUCUUUUCAAUAUCUAUCACCGAAUUAUUUUUUUUCUUUCAAGUAUCACUUAUGGCAAAUGGUAGUGAGUUUUGAAAUGAUGAUUAUACUAUUCGAUGUAUUUUCAUGCAAAAAUUAUAUUCAAAAUUUAUCAUAUCAAUGAAUUUAUAUUCAUGCUGUCUUGGUUGGGAACAAAAAAUAAUAUC